AUGAAGGGCCGUCCAGUCGAAGACAUUGUGUACGACCAGCUCUACGCCAAGCCCAAAAACAACGAUCCGCAAAACUUCCAGACGUUUCUGCAGCGCCAUCUCAUUCCCGAAGUCCGCCAGGAGACGCAUGCCUUUUACGGACACCUCGACACUCAGGAGGCCAAAUAUCCCGGCCUCGAUUACACUCACCCGACGCAUAGAAUUCGCCUGUGCCGCUGGCCAUGGCACAGACGCCUCUUUCGAGCCUUCGACACCCUGCGCCUCACCAAAGCCGAAAUCUGCGGCCUUACCAAGUGGGAGGGCACCAAAUGGGCAAAGGAGAAGUUCGAGAAGGAGCAGGGAAUCACCGUUAGAGACACGACCGCAGACGAGGUAUCCGACUGGGUACCGCCCCCAGAGGUCCAGCUGCCCGAGAUCUCGAGCACCACCCAGGCUGAACCCGAGCAGGUGCAAUCCACCACGUCGAUUCCGGCCCUCGGCGUGUUGGGCGAUGAGGACGACGCCAACCAGGAAGAUGAAAGCGAUGGCGAGUUUGAGAGUGUCGGCGUGUACCUGAACGAGCGGCUUCGUGACCGUGCAACGCGCCGCGAGGCCGGAGACACAUCCAUCGUCCUUGACGAGGAGUGGGAGCAAUGGCUCAAGAAUGCCAUUGACUCGGGAGAGCUGGCCCUUCUCACCGAGCAAAUGACGGAGCAGAUGAUUCGCAGAGCACCAAGCACAUCCGUUAUCCCAGCAGCUCUCAUCCCCCCGCGCAUGCUCACCGCUGCUCGAGCCGGCCAAUGGUCCGAAAUCCCCGAAGUGCUGCACCCCAUGCUCCUCCGAACUCUGGAAGCCGAAAACUCUAGCCUCCGUGCUGAAUCCCGAAUAUCCCGAGUCACUGCUGCCGGCGCGGCGCCUCACUCCUCUCUCCCCCGCGCGACUCGCCCGACAAUUCGUCUUCCCAAUGCACAGGAUGCGUUCUAG